CAAUGUCAGAUCUCGAACGCUCUCAUUCAGAUCAUUCUCCAGCUGAUGCGCAGACGGAGGAUGGCGAUGAUAUCUGGGAGGAUGGCGACAAUGUGUCAUAUGACCGUGCGAUAGCCGAAAAAGAAUGGUCCCGCAUGAACGACACAUUUGGCAAUACUGGAUAUAGAGAGGGUAUUGAGGAAGGCAAAGAAAAUACACUGCAACAAGGAUUCAAUCAAGGGUGGUCAGAGGGCGUACAUUAUGGAUAUGAGUUAGGCAGACUCCGUGGCCUGAUCAGCCCGCUGAUCGAGCAUAUAAAGUCGUCAUUAUCAUCCACGUUGAUCGGUGGCGAGUUGAACAGCCCCCAAGAUAACGAAUUAUGGAUUCAAAAAGCUGGCGAGCUUGUCAUGGAACUGAUUGAACUAGAUAUUUCCAAGGUUUUUGACAAAGCAUUCUUUGAUGACAGUGGCAGGACUUUUAAUGAGGUCAUUUCUAAAAAAACGAGAGAAACAGCAACAAAUUGCUGUGGAGGAGGAAUGGUUUCAACUCAAAAUUCGUGUUGUAAGAAUGAGACAUGUUGUGCUGAGGAGGUAUCGCCAGCAGAAGUGCGGACAUGUGUAUCAUCAUCGUCAGUAGCAGAAGGUUAUUGCGGUGCUAAAAAUGAUGAACCGUCUUCAUCUUUUAAAAAGUGUGAUGAUUUACUGAAGAAAUGGUCUUCAAGGCCUGAGCAAGUAAUUAAGGAAUACCGUUCAAGAGUCCGUGAUUUGCUAAUGGAGGUUGGGCUUGAAUCUUUACUUGAUGAUAUCGUUUAAAGAAAGGAAGAAAUGACGGAGCAGUUAUAGAGAUGAUAUAAAAAAUGGCAUUGCUGCACCUCAAACACAUAUAAUGAACCUAAACAUACGUGUAAAGGUCUUAUCUUUCUUUUCAUCCAGUCAUGCUAACUUAAUUUAG